AUGAGCGAAGUAACGACGGCGCUGACGUCGACGUGCGCCCGCAAAACACUAGACGAUAAUGGAGUCGCGGCGACGACAGCCUCCGGCUCCGAUGCCCAACAGCACAGGCCCGACCUCGCCAGGCGGCGCCGGCAUUCCUUCUUCCUGCCGAGGAGAAAGUCGAUUGUCGAGACCAUCAUGGACUCGGAGGAGAGCCUGCUCCUCAAGGUCGACCUCUUCCUCUCCGAGCUCGAGAGGCGCCUCGACUUCAUCGAGAGCUACGGCGACCUAGGCCGCGACUAUAGCAUCUCCCGCGCCUUCUCCACCCUCCAGGCCGUCCGGGAACGGUGCUCUCAGGCCUCCGAGGAGGUGCUCGGCGCCGGCCGGCGAAGGCUGCACGUCAUGGUGGAGACGCUCGAGGCGAGAUACCAGGAGACGCUCGAGGCCACCGAGACGCUGCACGAAAAGGCCCGCGUCGGCAUCGACCUCCUCGAGGGCAUGCUCUCCGAGUUCGAGGUCCGCGCCUACAAGCUGCGCGAGCAGGGUCUCGCCAACGCCGCCACCGCCGCCGAGGCCUUGAUGGACGAAGGUCGCCGGGUCGCCACCGAGAGCAUCGAGCGCGCCCGCGGCGUCGUCGACGAGGGCCUGGAGCGCGCCAGACGCGCCGCCUUCUCCCUCGAGGAGCACAUCGCCCACGCCAUCCUCCUCGCCCGAGAGGGUCGCCUGCUCCUCUACGACGACUUGCCGACGCCGUGGAGGAACAACCCGCACAUCAAGAGGGGAUACCGCUUCUCCGAGACCAAGCUCGAGUGCGUCCGCUCCAUGUUCAACAUCUCCAACGAGUCCUUCAACAUUUGGUCCCACGCCAUCGGCCUCCUCCUCGUCCUCGCCGUCGCCUUUUACUUUUAUCCCACGAGCGCCAACUUCGACCUCAGCACCAAGACCGACGUCUUCGUCGCCGCCGUCUUCUUCCUCAUGGCCGCCUUGACCCUCGUCUGCUCCACCAUCUGGCACACCAUGAACGCCGUCGCCGACGUCGACGUCGUUUCCAUGUUCGCCUGCGUCGACUACACCGGCAUCUCCCUGCUCAUCGCCGCCUCCAUCAUGACGACCGAGUACACGGCCUUCUACUGCGAUCCCCUCAGCCGCUGGAUCUACAUGGGUCUCACCGCCUUCCUCGGCCUCGGCGGCGUCCUGCUGCCGUGGCACCCUCGAUUCAACGGCUCCGACAUGGCCUGGACCCGAGUCGCCUUCUACGUCGGCCUCGCCCUCACCGGCGCCAUGCCCAUCCUCCAGCUCUUCCUGACGCACGGGCCGGACUUUGUCCUCAACUUCUACUCGCCCAUCUCAAAGUCCAUCUGCGUCUACCUUGGCGGCGCCAUCGUCUACGCCAGCAAGAUACCCGAGCGCUGGUACCCCGGCAUGUUCGACUACAUCGGCGGGAGUCACAACCUGUGGCACGCCGCCGUCCUUGGCGGCAUCUUGUUCCACUACACAGCCAUGCAGCAGUUUUUCGCCAACGCCUUCCUCCGCGCCGAGGGCGGCUGUCCCGCCUACUGA